AACAGAAGAAAACUGAGUGCCUUGAUGGAACUCGUUAUUCUUGUGCCAUGUUCUUUCUUCCUCGUAGCAAUAAUAAAGUUCCUUUAUGAUUACUUGUGGAGGCCUCUCCGUAUACAGCAUAUGCUGAAUUCACAGGGAAUCAAAGGACCUCCUUACAGAUUCAUCCAUGGAAACAACAAAGAAGUUAUUCAAAUGAAAAAGGAAGCAUUAAGCAAACAUAUGGGCUUGACGCAUGAGUUAUUUCCCAUAGUGCAGCCACAUCAUUACUCCUGGAUCAACAGAUACGGGAAGAAUUAUCUUUAUUGGAAUGGCGUUAGAGCUCAAUUUGUGCUUUCAGAACCUGAACUAGUAAAAGAAGUUUUACAAAAUAAUGAAAAGGUUUAUCCAAAUAGGAAGCCUUCAAUUUAUCAUAGAAACCUAUCGGGGAACGGGCUUGCUUUAAUUGAUGGUGAAAAAUGGGUGAGACAGAGGAAGCUGGCAAAUUACGUUUUUCAUGGGGAAAGCCUAAAGAAAAUGAUACCGGCGGUAAUCGCUAGCGUUGAAACAAUGUUAGAAAAAUGGAAAGGUCAAGAAGGAAAAGAGAUCGAAGUGUCCCAAGAAUUCAAAUUAUUAAGUUCAGAAGUGAUAUCGAGAACAGCUUUCGGUAGCAGUUACUUGGAAGGGGAGAAGAUUUUUGCCAUUUUGAACAAGUUGUCAAUAAUUAUGAUUCGAAAUGCUUACAAUACCAGAAUUCCUUUCAUCAACAAGUUAUGGAAACCUGCUGAUUUGUUAGAGUCAGAAAAGCUUGCAAAAGAAAUACAAGAUUGUGUGGUGAAGAUUGUUAAGAAAAGAGAAGACAAAGUUUUGAAUGGAGAAGCUGAUAGGUUCGGCAAUGAUUUUCUGGGAUUACUUGUAAAUGCCUUUCAUGAUUUGGACCAGAAGAACAGGCUUUCAUUGGAAGACUUGGUAGGUGAGUGCAAAACAUUCUACUUGGCUGGACAAGAAACUGUUAGUUCCUUGCUUGCCUGGACGGUCUUCCUUUUAGCAAUCCAUGGAGAUUGGCAGGAAAAGGCAAGAAGAGAGGUGAUUCAGAUAUUUGGUAACCAAAAUCCACAUCCUGAAGGCAUCGCAAAACUCAAAACAAUGACCAUGAUCAUUAAUGAAACUCUAAGACUGUACGCUCCAUUGACUUUGUUAGUAAGAGAAGUUGCAAGAGAAGUUCAGUUGGGAAAGCUAGUGUUGCCUGCAAAUAUAGAUCUUGUCGUUACAAAUAUGGCACUUCACCAUGACCCUCAUUUGUGGGGAGAUGACGUACAUCUGUUUAAACCAGAGAGAUUUGUAGAAGGGAUUGGCAGAGCUACCAAAUACAACGCGGCAUCAUUUUUUCCGUUUGGAUUGGGACCUCGAUCUUGUGUUGGUAUGACCUUUGCACUCACAGAAACCAAGAUUGCUCUCUCCAUGAUUCUACAAUGCUACACAUUUACCCUUUCCCCUGCCUACGUCCACUCACCAAUGACUAUUAUCUCCCUUCAACCUCAACAUGGAAUUCAAAUAAUACUUGAGUCACUUCAGAACGAAGCUUAAAGUACAGAGCAGCUAAGGACUCGGGGUUCAGCUCAGUCGGUCCAUAUAUUCACCUUUACUAGAUA